ACUUAAAAGGAUAUCUCUGCAAGUUGUUUUGACUUCCACGAGGUCCUUUGGUGAUUACAACUAAAGAUAUUACAUAUAUUAAAAACAACUUUUGGGAAAGAGAAUAGAUAUUUAAAAAAGACACAGUAUGUAAAGUGGGGAUAGAGAAAAAAAAAGAUUUUGAGAGGAGCAGGGUAGGGACAGCGUGAAGACUUCACAAUGUUAGAAGAAGAGAAGGAAGUAGGAUCAGAAAUCUGCAUGCAGUGAAGGUCCUGCAAGGGCGCAUCUUUGGAGAAGUAAGGUAAUCAGGCUCGUGUUGAAUCAACCACAUCCUCUAGACAGUCGACUUAGGAUCCUUCAUGAGGCCCUUCUGCUAAAGGGCUACUAGUGUUGUUGUGUCUGACCCAUGUUGUUGAGUUAAAACUUGUUUUGUAAAUGUCACUUUAACUUGUGCGUUGUAUUUACGUAGUGGCUCUAACAUGUGGUCUACUAGAACCUUUAUUAUAUAGCCUUGGUCCUAUAUAACUUUGGGAGGCUUUGUUUUGAACUUGCUGCUAUCAUUUUGUUAUUACAGGCUCUUAUAAUAUUUUGGAUAGUUCAUAUUUUAGGGAAGACCCUGCCGAAUUUUCUAUAGAAAAUUCCUUGAAGCAUAAAUAUGUCAUAUAUAGAUAUUAUAAAGUCUUUCCAUCUCUAUGCGCAAUUAGUUAAGGCUUGCUAGGUUAGGAUGAUUAACCUAUGCGCCGGUCACCAUCUAGGUUGGGUCGUGACAAAAUUGGUAUCAGAGCCUGGUCAUCUUUGAUAGGGUUAUGAAUGUGAUACGUACUUGAGCAUAAUCAUGCUCAUGACCAGGCUGUUCAGUCUCUUCUAGACAUUUUACUGAAAUAUAUCUUGCUUAUGAUGUGAUUUGAUUGAUACUUUCCUAAUCUAACUUGACUUUGUCUUACCUUGCCAUUAUAGACAAAUAUGCCACCUCGAAUGCGUGGUAGAGGAGUCCCUCUUGAUGAAUCGAGUGAUGAGAGUACUGUAUCGCAAAGCCUUAGGGGUCGUGGUUGGAGGGGUCGUGCACCUGUUUUUCAGAGAGGACAUGGUCGUCGUGGACGUGUUGGAGGACCCCGAAUAGAGGCCCAUGGGGAUCUCGCUUCCUCACCAUCAACUGGGCAAGCUGUGGGGAUGGCUGAUGUAGUUGCUGGGUUAGCAAAGACUCAUCAGUCCAUUGAGUUAUUGGCUGGUGCAGUGUUAGGGCAGAGGGGAAAUCCAGCUGUCCAAGGAGAGGCUAGGGAUACUACCAUCUUAAGAGACUUCCUUCGCUUGAGCCACCAACAUUUUCUGGUUCAAACGUGUCAGAGGAUCCUAACCAAUUUAUUGAUGAUAUAGAUAGAUGUUGCAUAGCUUUGGGAUGUUCAAGUCAGAAAACAGUGGAGUUGGCUUCUUUCCGACUGAAGGACAUGGCAAGGAUAUGGUUUGACAACAUGGUUAGAGGAAGAGAUGUUGAGUGACCUCCUAUGUCAUGGGAGGAUUUCAGAUUGGCAUUUUUGGAUCGUUUCUUACCUGAGAGUACUAGAGAGGCGAGGGCCAGGGAGUUUGAAAGCUUGAGACAGACUUCCGAUAUGUCAGUAACAUAGUAUGAUAUCAUAUUUACACAGUUGUCUAGAUAUGCUUCUUAUUUGGUUCCAGAUGAGAUGGCUCGUACUAGGAGAUUUGUGGAUGGAUUAGAGAGAUCUUUGUUUGAGUUGGUGUCAUCUCAAAGAAACCAGUUUCCUUCCUAUGCUGCAGCUGUUGAUUGUGCCAGAAGAAUUGAAGCUAGAAGGUUGGAGGAGGGAGUUAUAUCAGAUAAGCCUAAGAGGACCAAAUAUGAUGGAUCAUUUCAAGGUCAGAAUAGUGACAGUACUUUUAGGAAACCUGGCCCAUCUGGUCAGCAAAGGUCCUUUCAGCGCUUUCAGCAACCUACAAAACUAUCAUCUCCAGUAGGUGUUUCACAAUAUAGACCUGUUGGGGGUGGUAGUAUUCAGCAUAAUUCUAGGAACUAUGGUGGGAAUUGUUCUAUGUGUCAGAGUUGUGGGAAACUUCAUUCUGGAACUUGCUUUAAGCAAGUUGGUUGCUUUCAAUGUGGGCAGGCUGGUCAUUUGAAGAAGGAUUGUCCUCAGUUGAACCAUGGGAUGAGCCAAGGGUUAGUGUUUGUAAAGGCCAAGGAGGUAGAGGAUUUGGUGGUAAAAGACAAUCCCAAUCAACAGGGGGACAAGCUCGUGUAUUUGCUCUAACAAAACAGGAUGCUCAGGCAACUAAUGCAGUUGUAUCAGGUAUAAUCCUAGUAUGUUCACUAAAUGCACAUGUAUUAUUUGAUCCGGGGUCUACACAUUCAUAUGUGUCUCCGAGUUUCGCUACUCAUUUCGGUAGGGAUCCUAGUCUACUAGAUCAUUCUUUUCUAGUGGCUACUCCAGUUGGGGAUUCCGUCUUGGUGAAGUUUGUUUUUAAAGAUUGUGAGAUUUCUAUUGAAAGCAAAGAGUUUAUGGCAAAUUUGAUUGUAUUAGACAUACUAGAGUUUGAUGUCAUUCUAGGAAUGGACUGGCUAGCUUCGUGCCAUGCUACGGUUGAUUGUCAUCACAAAAAAGUUUUGUUUAAUAUCCCAGGAGUUGAACCAUUUGAAUUUCAAGGUGAUUACAAUAUAACCCCCAUACCAUUGGUUCCAGCAUUGUGUGCAUUGCAGAUGUUACAAAAAGGUUGUCAG